CUAAACUUCUGUCUAGAAAUGGCAGAUCAUCAAGGACAGUUUGACUUCCAUUGAUUCCAGCAGCCUAAAGCAUCCUCCUUCAUUGAACAGCCAAGAUGAUCCUCAUUCAUUGAGCAGCCUAAAGCAUCCUCCUUCAUUGAGCAGCCAAGGGGAUCCUCCUUCAUUGAGCAGCCUAGAUGAUCCUCCUUCAUUCAGCAGCCUAAAGCAUCCUCCUUCAUUGAGCAGCCAAGAUGAUCCUUCUUCAUUGAGCAGCCUAAAGCAUCCUCCUUCAUUGAGCAGCCAAGAUGAUCCUCAUUCAUUGAGCAGCCAAGAUGAUCCUCCUUCAUUGAGCAGCCUAGAUGAUCCUCCUUCAUUCAGCAGCCUAAAGCAUCCUCCUUCAUUGAGCAGCCAAGAGGAUCCUCCUUCAUUGAGCAGCCAAGGGGAUCCUCCUUCAUUCAGCAGUAAUGGAAAUCAACCUGGAGACAUUCUUCAAAGGAAACAUGAAACCUUUGAUGAACUGAAAAGAAGCAUUGAAGAACUCAAGUCAGAAUUUGACAGAAAUCAUGAAACUCUGACAAACCAAAUAAAGGAUCUGAAUGACAUCACAGAUUACCUGGAAUCCAUGCACAAGAACACCACAGUGGGCAGUUUGGUAGGAUCAUCAAUCGGAGCAGCGGGAGGAAUCGCAGCACUCGCAGGCCUGGCUUUGGCCCCGUUCACAUUAGGUGCUUCUUUGGUUGUUACUGGUGUUGGCGCAGCUGUUGGAGCCGCUGGAGGAGUCACGGGUGGAGCGUCGAACAUCACUAACACCAUCAAGCAGAAAAAUCUGCGCGAGACGAUUGAGAAGAUCGUCAAUGAUUUCCUGAACACAAUCAAUCCAAUGUUUGAGCUUCUGAAUAAAAUUGGUGACAUCACAGAGAAUAUCAAACUUCUGAAGGAGACAUUAAAGCAGCAUGAAUUUCAGAAAGCAGCAAAAGGUGCUGCAGAUAUUUUAAGGAUCGCAUCUGUAGCUCAAAUUGGGAAGAUGUGUGCAGAGGCUGCUAAAGAAAUCCGCGUGUAUGUACGGACUGUCAGAGCUCUCCGUGUGCCUGCACAGGCCGCACGUGCGACAGCCUCAUCUCUCCGUACGACGGCAGCGUUCACUGGCGCACUCUCGGCUCUGUUUCUCGCUCUUGAUGUUUACAGCAUCUUUCAAGAUUCGACAGAGCUCUCUGAAAUGAAUCAACCAGCAGACGAGAGGAAAGCAGAAGAAUUCAAAUCAGAAACGCUAAAGUUUAUUCUUCAGAUGAGAGAAACCGCUGCUCAGUUUCAGAAGAUUGUGGACAGAAUUAAAGAUGCCAUAGACACUUUUGAGAAUAUUUAACAAAAUAGCAAAACUUUUAAAUCAUUUGAACAUGCAAGAUCAGCAAAUGAUGGAAGUUCAGGGUUUGGCGUUCAAGGUCACACAUUGUCUGUCACCACUGAAAAUCAAGUGUGAUCAAGUCAAAAUUACCCCAAGCUUUACUCACCCUCAAGCCAUCCUAGGUGUAUAUGACUUUCUUGUUCCUUACAAGGACAAUCAGAGAAAUAUUAAUAUAUAAAUAUAUAUUAAUAUCUAGCUUCUGCCAGAUUGC